AUGGAGGUCAUUAAGGUGAAAAUCAGCAAGGUCAAGCAGGAUGGACUAGAGGUCAUUCGGUUGCCUGGCAACAAACGUGCUUUCAUCCCAAAGGCCCACCUCUCCGACCAUCCAGAUGUAUGUGAUGCCCUUCUGGCUAGUUACAGUGAGGGAGAUGUCAUAGACCAGGCCCUGACUUGGUCUUACAAUCCAAAGUCCAGGACCUUUAUCUUGACAUGCAAGCCGCUGCUGUUGAACGCUGCCAGGAAUGAGACGGAGAUUGUCCGCGAUUUCUCUGAGCUCGAAACCGAUAUGAUUCUCCUAGGUGUCCUGCGUCAGACCAUGUCCUAUGGAGUCUUUGUGGAAUUCCCUAAUAACAUUGUCGGCUUAGCACCGAAGUCUAUUAUGGCAGAUGAGUUCGUCAGCGAUACUGCCAAGCUGUUUGAAGUGGGCCAGACUCUGAGGGCAAAGGUCACAGAGGUCAAUGCGGAGAAGAAACGGUUCCUGGUCAGUCUGAAGGAAACAGAUUGUUUCUCUGAUGAAGCUGAGCCAUAUAAAAGAUUAGCCAGACUGGAAGCCUAUUUUAGAGACAGGGAUAGAGCAGAGCACAUUUUGAAGGAAAAGAAAGAGUACAAGCAUGUGGUGUCCCACAGGGUCGGUUCUUUGGUCCAUGCUACAGUGAGGAGCACACCUGGUAAAGCUGUUAUCUGUUCCCUCCCACAUGGUGUUGACGCAGUUAUUCCACAGGAUCAUACACUUGAGACAUCUCCUAAAGUUGGGGAUAUCAUCGAAGCCUGUGUGCUGAAUGUUGAUAUUUCAAGCAAAGCAGUUACUCUGUCACAAAAGCCAGACAUCAUGGAAAGAUGCAGGAUGUUAAAAUCAAAAGGAAAAAAGGUAACAAAAGGUAAGAAAGUGAUUGAAUCCUUGAAUGAAAGCAAAGGAAAGGUUCUCCUGAUCAAAGGGGACUUCAUACUAGCCCAAACAGACCAAGGACAGCUCAUCUACGUAUCAGCCAAACAACACCUGAAUGCCUUUAAACUGGAGAAGAGUAUAUUACAAAUAGGAAGCACAGUGACAAUAGGUGAAUCAAGCUUUGUUGAUGGAAGAUUCUUAGUAGCUAUGGUGAAAGGAAAGACGAAGCAAGAAAAAGCACGCAGAUCAGCCGCUGUCCAUGAUAACGCCAAGAAAUUGAUUGGACAGAUUGUGGAUGCUGUUGUGAAAUCAGUCAAGGAAACCCAAGCAAAUGUUGAGAUCACCGAUGGCCGAGGCUAUGGAAGGAUACAUGCUACUGAAGUAUUAGAUACAAUGAAAUCUGGAUCUUUUCCACUGGAACACUUCAGCAUUGGACAGAAGGUCAAGGCAAAGGUCAUAGGUUAUCGCCAUGGUAAAAGAGCACAACAUCUGGCUAUAUCUCAUGGGGAUGGUGCUUUGUCGCUCCUUGAAUUGAGUACCCGAAAAAGUAUGAUGGAAUCAGACAGUACACCUACAGAGUGUGAUGUAACUUCAUUCCAAACUGGACAAGCUGUAACUUGUAUCAUCAACAGACUCGACAAUGAUAUCUUGUGGGUUUACGUCAAUCGAUCUCUUGGAGGCAAGGUCCAUCGUCUGAACUUCUCCAGGCACGCCUCCAACCUUGAGAACCCAGAGUCGUACUUUAAACCAGGUCAGGCUCGUAGGGCAAAGGUCGUGAGACAGGAUAGCAAACACAAACUGUUAGAGUUAUCUAUGAGUGGGUCUUCAGAAACUACUUUUGAAGUUGGUUCAGUUGUCAAUUGUAAAGUGACCAAUAUCCGGGAGAACAAGGUUCAUGUCCAGCUUCCCUUUGGCCAUCAUGGUUCCGCGUUUUUGACGGACAUCGAUGACAUCUACCAAGAAAACCCACUGGAAAGAUUUGAGCAUCAGAUGUAUCACAGAUGCUGUAUACUUGAAACUUGCAAGGAUAAGCAAGGAUUCGUCAUCUCCAUGAGACCUUCUCGGAUCAAGAAAGAUACCCCGCCCUCAGGAUAUGACCCUGAGAUUAAAACUGCAGGUGACCUCAAGAAAGGUCAAGUCAUCAGAGGCUAUGUCAGGCAUUGCUCAGACAAGGGAGUCUUUGUCAGCCUGUCACGUAACAUUCAGGGGCGCAUCCUUCUGAAGAAGCUAUCUGCUUUCUUUGUGAAAGAGCCGUCGGUGGUAUUCACCGUCGGCAAACUUCUCUCAAUGAAGGUCCUGAGUGUUGACAAGGAGUCUGGUAAGAUAGAGCUCUCAUCCUCCAGCAAAGACACAGGACUAGAAGACCCUGUCCCAGAGGACCAAAGGAAGAAAGCAGAAAAGAGGAAAAAGGAUGGCAAAAAGAAAGGUCAAAGGUCAAAGGAAGAUGGAAAUGAUAGCGGACUUGGAGAGGCAGAUCCUUUCAGUGAUGCAGAAGCUGAGAUCGUGACAGUCUCUAAGAAGUCAGACACGGACACUCCGAGACUGCAAAUAUCAUCAGGGUUCAGCUGGGACAAUACCACUUCAAAACCAACAAAAACAACAACACCAAAGAAGUCAAGAGGAAGCAAUGACAGUGAUGAUGAUGAUGAUGACAGCGAUGACGAAGAGGAUGAGGAGGAGGUAGAGAAAGAAGAUGAGCCGCCAGCGAAAAAGAGCAGAAAGGAUUUGGAAGAGGAGGCUAUGGCCCAAGAAGAUGUCUUGUAUAAGACUGAGCAAGCCUUGAUGGAUGCCAGCAGGCCACCGGAAACUCCGGAAGAUUUUGAUCGUCUCGUUGCAAGCUCCCCGAACAGCUCCCUCGCUUGGAUCCGUUACAUGGCCUUUUACCUCAACUCAGUGGACAUAGAGAAGGCCAGGGCUAUUGCAGAGCGUGCUCUGAAAACCAUCAAUUUCAGAGAAGAGCAGGAGAAACUGAACGUAUGGGUGGCAUAUCUUAACCUGGAGAACUUGUACGGGACGGAAGAGGAAGUGGUUGCCGUCUUCCAGAGGGCGCUCCAGCAGUGUGAACCGAUCAAAGUCUUCCAACAGCUCGUCAGUAUCUACGUCAGAACGGACAAGACUGGGCCGGCUGAGCAGCUGUAUGAGACGAUGGUGAAGAGGUUCAAGUUUGAGCCUGAAGUAUGGACUGGGUUUGGAACCUUCCUGAUGAAGAAUGGGAAGCACGAUCAGGCUAGACGACUCAUGCAGAGAAGCUUCAAGAGUCUGGUACAGAAAGAACAUGUUGGUGUGAUCGUGAAGUUUGCCCAGCUGGAGUACCGCCAUGCUGAACCAGAGAGAGGAAAGACAAUGUUUGAAAACAUUCUUAGUAACUACCCAAAGAGAACAGACAUCUGGUCAAUCUAUCUUGAUCUUACAAUUAAACACGGAGAUACUGAUGCAUCCAGACACCUCUUUGAGAGGGUGAUCCACCUGAAACUUUCCGCCAAGAAGGUCAAGUUCUUCUUCAAACGGUACCUAGACUUUGAGAAGAAGUAUGGAGACGAGUCGACCAUUAACGCAGUCAAGCAGAAGGCUGUCGAGUACGUGGAAUCCAGGACCGCUGUUGGAGGGGAUGUGUAGGGUGCAGUAGUGUGAUGUCUCAAUCAUUCAUUACCAUGGCAACUGCUUGACAAUCUUAAUCUUCUUCAAGCAUUGCCUCGACUUUGAUAAGAAAUAUGGGGAUGAGUCCACCAUUAUAUCAGUCAAGCAAAAGGAUGUGGAGUAUGUAGAAUCCAAGACCUCUGUUAGAGGUCAGUUUUAGAAUACAGGGGAGGGAUGUCUUAAUUGUACAAUACCUUGGCGACUGCAUAACAAUCCUAAAUCAUCUUCAAGUGUUACCUAGACUUCCAGAAGAUAUAUGGAGACAAGUCCAUUAUUAACCCGUUACCAACUGGAACCAGGUUAUACCUGUACAAAGUUUGUGGAUUGACAGAAUUCAGUAUUCAAUGGGUUAAUACAGUCAAGAAGAAGACCGU